AUGCCCGACUGUGUCGACGUGCCCGUCUGUGUCGACAAGCCCGACUGUGUCAGCAAGCCCGUCUGUGUCAGCAUGCCCGACUGUGUCGACGUGCCCGACUGUGCGGCGUGCCGGACUGUGUCAGCAAGCCCAACUGUGUCAGCAAGCCCGACUGUGUCGACGUGCCCGACUGUGUCGACGUGCCCGACUAUCUACGCCAACUGCAAGGCUUUCUUGAAGUCCUGGCUGGAAGGGCCACCUGGUCGGGGGCGCCUGUGCUUCCGCAGCCCCGCACGCGGCUUCCGCUGCCAGGCGCCCAGCUGUGUGGCGCUCUCCUCGGCCGGCCGCUCGCUGCGCGCGAACGUCCUGCGCAACCGCAGCGUGCUGCUGCAGUGGCGCCUGGCGCCGGCCGAGGCGCGCCGCGUGCGCGCUUUCGCGCUCAACUGCUCGUGGCGCGGCACCUACAUGCGCUUCCCCUGCGAUCGCGUGCUGCUCGGCGCCUCCUGCCGCGACUACCUGCUGCCGGACGUGCACGACAGCGUGCACUACCGCCUGUGCCUGCAGCCGCUGCCGCUGCGCGCCGAACCCGCCUCCGCCGCCGCACCGGAGCCCGCCGAGUGCGUGGAGUUCACUGCCGAGCCGGCCGCCAUGCAGGAGAUCGUGGUGGCCAUGACGGCGGUGGGCGGCUCCAUCUGCGUCAUGCUUGUGGUCAUCUGCCUGCUGGUGGCCUACAUCACCGAGAACCUCAUGCACCCGCCUGUCAGGCGCCCCGGCCUGCGCAGGCAGGCCUGAAGCGCAAGGCGGUCUGCCCAUCUGGGCACAGCCUGCCCAAGUACGCCUGAGACCCCAGGCCCUACGUCUGCUCCCGUCCCUCCUCCUCAUUCCCGCUCCCUCUUUAAGAUCCCCACGGAGGGCCUGAUGGAGACGAAUAGGGAACCAGCCGGUCCACACAGGUAUCUUUGCAUCGUCACAAGACCUUCUCAGUCGGGCGUCUGCUUUCCAGACUCUGACUCCGAACUGGCCCUUGGGCCUGGGAUGGGGUGCCAGCUGCAUCCAGGUCUCUAGGCUUUCCAGAGGCCUUUACCAGGGGGCCCAGGACAUAUAGCCCCUUCCAGCAAGAGCCAGUGGCACCUGGGAUCAUCACCCUGAACCUCCAUCCUCUGCCAAGUCGUCGAAGACAGGCCAUGGUCAUUGCUUGGUCGCUUUGUGCUUUACAGGUUGGGGGAGUGGCCCCUUGGAGCCCGUGUUCCCCCCUGCCCUACCCCAAUGGGCUUAGGUUAGCUUUGUGCCUUAGUUCCUCAGGCCCACCGCAGGAGCCAGCCAUCACCCCACUGCUGUCCAGGGGGUCUGUGGCUCUGAGACUGGCUGGCUUUGCAUGCUUCUGGCCAGAGUCCCCCUGGGAACACCCCCUUCAAGCUUUGCGGAAGGCCUGGGGCAAGGGUAAUCAGGCCUCUUAGUGUCUUCUGUGGGUCUGACCAGCCAAGAGCCACGAUGUAGCCCAGCAGGCCAGGCCCAGCAUCGGGUUGCUGCGUCCAGGGGUGAGUGUCCUCUAGGUGCGGGAGGCUGGUGAUUCCCCAGGGCCAGGCCCCCUUUCCUUCUAUGUGUACUGCCUCUGGUUAGGACUUUCUGUGCGGAGUGAGGGCAGGUGGUUGGAAGGAUGGCAUUGGACCCCAAGGGCAGAAGGAGAGCUGCCAGCCUAGCCCAGCCGGAUCUGCCACAGUGGUCUGGAUCCUAAGCCUCAGUCAAUCCAGGAGACCUCAGUGGCCACAGUGUGACCAGCUGCAGUGUACUCCCAACUCUUUUCAUGAUUGGGGGUUGAGAGUCCAGGAUCUGACCCCCCCAGUAAUGCUGCCCAUCCACCCACCAUGGACAGAGGCUGGGCUUACCCACCUCCUGGCAGAUCUGAGCUCCUGGCUGAGGUCACUCAGCCACCUGGUGAUGUUGGCACCCAUGGGAGGGUGGCACUGCCUGGCUCUCCAUGAGCCCCUGGCUCUUAUCACCUGGACUUGACCCUUGCACCUCCUGGCCACUAUGGCUAAUUAUCUUCCUACCCCAGGGACCACCAGCAACCAUGGGCCCUGGCUGGUGCCCCUGCAGCACCCCACACCCUACCUCUGUCUACGCUCUGCCCACACCCCGCAUGGCGCUGGUCAGGUUCCAACCUGGCGCCAAUGUCUAAAUGUCCAUCAUUCUCAGACCAAAAAUA